AUCCUGGCCCAGCCCCAGCCCUGGUGGAAGAUCCAGCUGUUCAUGUGGGAACCAGUGUUGUUUGGGACCUGGGAUGGUGUGUUCACGUCCUGCAUGAUCAACAUUUUCGGGGUUGUCCUUUUCUUGAGGACCGGCUGGCUGGUGGGAAACACAGGUGUGCUCCUGGGCUUGUUCCUGGUGUCCUUCGUCAUCCUGGUGGCCCUCAUCACUGUGCUGUCUGGCAUUGGCGUUGCAGAGCAUGGCGGGAUGGGCAGUGGCGGCGUCUACUCCAUGAUCUCCUCGGUGCUUGGUGGGCAGAUGGGUGGCACUGUAGGCCUGCUGUAUGUAUUCGGACAGUGUGUUGCAGGUGCUAUGUACAUCACCGGCUUCGCGGAGUCCAUCUCAGAUCUGCUGGGCCUCGGGAACAUCUGGGCUGUGCGAGGGAUUUCAGUUGCUGUGCUUCUGGCUUUGCUGGGCAUCAACCUGGCAGGAGUCAAAUGGAUAAUCCGACUCCAACUGCUGCUGCUGUUCCUGCUGGCCGUCUCAACCCUGGACUUCGUGGUGGGCUCCUUCACCCACCUGGACCCAGAACACGGCUUUAUUGGAUACUCCCCAGAACUGCUACGGAGCAACAUUCUGCCAGAGUACAGCCCUGGGGAGUCAUUCUUCACUGUGUUUGGGGUGUUCUUCCCUGCAGCUACAGGAGUCAUGGCUGGCUUUAACAUGGGAGGAGACCUGCGGGAGCCUGCUGACAGCAUUCCCUUGGGCACCCUAGCAGCUGUUGGCAUCUCGUGGUUUCUCUACAUCAUCUUCGCCUUCCUGCUUGGUGCCAUCUGUACCCGAGAGGCUCUCCACUCUGACUUCCUGAUAGCUGAAAAGGUAUCUCUGGUUGGUUUCCUCUUCCUGUUGGGCUUGUACAUCUCAUCCCUGGCUUCCUGUAUGGGGGGACUCUAUGGAGCCCCCCGGAUCCUACAGUGCAUCGCCCAGGACAAAGUGGUUCCUGCCCUCGCCUUUCUCAGGAACGGGAAAGGACCAAAUAAAACGCCUGUCGCAGCCAUCUGCCUGACCAGCCUGGUGACCUGGGCUUUUGUCCUUGUGGGCCAGGUGAAUGUUCUGGCACCCGUUGUCACCAUCAUCUUCAUGCUCACCUACAUCGCUGUGGACUACUCUUACUUCGCCCUCUCCAUGGCUGCCUGCGGCCUCGCCCCGGCUCCCGAGCCUGCGCCCAGACAAGGCCCAGAUGUUCUGCCCUGCUCCGAGCAUCUGCUCCAGGACAGGGCUCCCAGCUACGGCUCUGACGCCCCUGCCAGGAACCUCUCCGAGGGCACCCUGCUAGAGUUCACCAGAGACCUGGAUCAGCUGCUCCAGCCAAAGGAGGGGCUCGAGAGGGCUCAGCUUGUCAGAGAAGGGAACCAGAUCCCAAAGAGUCAGAAGCGCAAGGUUAAGAAAGACGCCAAGCAAACCCUCCAGGACAGCUUCCUCCUGGGCCCUGGGUCUCCUUUGUCCUUCCCUACUGGGGCCUCUGAGAGGCUGUCGGUUGUUUCCAGUGGGGGGCAAGAGUCCUAUCAGAACCAGCAGUUGUCUAGGAGUGAAUCACAUGACCAUCUUGUUCCUGACCUAUGCAACCAGCCUAGAGUCAACAGAGAAGAUUUCUUUCUGAAAUGCAGACUUCAGGAACAAGAGGUCUGGAGGAGACCAAGUGUUUCCUAUGCGUGCAUGUGCAACCCCUGGGUCUCCCUGUUAGGGGCUCUUGUGUCCCUGCUCAUCAUGUUUGUGAUCCAGUGGCUCUAUACCCUAGCUAGCAUGGGUGUUGCUGCCCUUGUGUAUUUCUACAUUGGCCAGGCCAGUCCAGGCCUUUACCUCGGAUCAGCAUCAAGCUUCAGCUUUUUCCAAUGGAUGAAGUCCUUCUUGGUCCCCUCCUGCAGGAGCCUGAGGUCCACGCCAGAGCAAAUCAUCUUGGCACCAUGCCCAGCGAAGGUCGACACGGCAAUGACUCAGCUUACCCAGGACAAUGCAGACUUUGCUGCCCGAGACCGUUACCACCGCUCCUCCUUCCUGAGCAGGGAACAGCUGAUGCCUCCCUACUAGGGCCUCGCUGGACCCCUCCUUUCUAGAAGCUGCUGUAGAGAUGGGGUACCCCGACCUCAGAAUCUCUGGAAGUUGUUUCUACCAAUAAGAAACCUCAAGACAGGUCUUCCCACCACAGCCUUGGACACCGGAAAUCACAUUCUGGUCUGAAGUGGCAUGUCUUAGCAGACACUAGGUGUGGCCGUGGCUUUCACACGUGCCCAACCUGAAGAGCCCACGGGCCACCAGGAUGAUGAGGUGACACCAAGCCAACCAAAUGUGGAGAAUCGAAACAAGAUUUCUUACUCCUGGGGCCACA